AUGAUAUUUAAGAAAAGCAGGAACAGCAAGAAGUUAGUAACUGCAAGCUCUUUAGCUCUAGUGGAUGUUGAUAUCUCCUCUCAGUCAAGUGAGGAUGAGUGGAUGAUAAAGGUGAGAAGGGCAAUGUCUGAUACAGAGCUACCAUUGUACUAUGCUUAUAGAAGAAAAGCACACAAGAGGGCCAAGUUGAGACCAAGGGAGUCAACUCUUAAGCCACAGCAGUCAACUGCAUCAGCCUGGUGUAUGAAGAUUGACAGUGAAUUAUCUUGGAGCUCUGAUGAGUCGAGUAGCAGCAGGAAAAGAGUUUCUGAGGAAUCUAAAGAUGAUAUGGUCAGGCAAGGCAAAAAGAGGGCUUUGCAGAAGAUCCCUGUCGCUAGUUCCUGUCUGGAAGGCCUUACAACCAAGCUAGAAGACAACCUCCAGGUCAGGGAGGACAUUGAAAAUGUUGAUCAGCUAAAUGGUUUUGCGGGGGUUGAACCAGAUCAGCCUCCUCUGUUUUCAUGA